AUGAAACGCGUUGCAGAGGAUUCCAGAGCUGCCGCUAUCUCCGUCUCCGGCCCACGAGGUUGUCAGGUCGCUAUUCGCCUUGGCACCAAAUUCUCAGGCCAGUCUCUGAGGGCGAGGCGAAGAAACACCCUGAUUCAAUUGGACCGACAUGGAAGGCAGGUUGAAAGUCAGACAGCCAGGCUAGCAGACAGAGGGACAGGCGAAUCUCGAAACCCCACCGACGUACCCAUGUACAAGGGACAGAAGACGAGCCAGCCAACGGAAAUUCAGACAGACAGACAUCAUACUGCUCGGGCGGGUCAGAUGUAG